UUUUGUACUGAUGGCGUUUCAUUAUUUGAACUUAUAUAUUUUGCUUUGCUUUAUUAGAUCUUAUCAUGAUGAGGAACAUUACAACAGUGUGAGGUUGAAGGAAGACACCGGAGAUGGGCCAGCUAGGCCAAUUACAAUCAAGCAAAAGCUGGGUCAAACAAGUCUAAAUCAGGAGCUGGUAAGGAUAUUACUGAUGCAGGAUCCAUCAAGCUAGUCAUGGCUGGAAGUGGUUGUGAGAACAUUGAGAAAGUUGAGCAGUGCUGCAAAUUUACGGGGAUGUUGAUGCCACCAUGGAGUAUUUGAUAGCAGAAAAAGGCAAUGAAGAUUUUUCAAAGGAAACUGUCCAGUCUCCCUGCGAUCAGAUGCUUUUCAUGGUGAUGAUGCCAAUGGAAAUUCUGAGGAACAGAGAGAGAAACCUGUGGAAGAGACCAAUAAAGAAAAUCCACCUAGCAAUAGCACUAAACGGACUCAUGAUGAUGGCAGUGCCCAGCGAGAAGACAAGAAAAUUCCAAGAAACAAGGCUUGUCCAUGUGGUUCAAAAAAGAAAUACAAGUCCUGUUGCGAGUCAGGGACAGGGAAAGUCUCUGCAAUUUCCAAUGAUCAAGCUCUUGAAUCUAGAUAAGAUAGAAAGGAAAAAGAAGCAAGGCAAGAGAGGGUCUGACACAUCUGCACUUUAUAGUGGAUCUAAUGGAGGGCCACCUGAUAUGGGGGCUCUUUGUAUCUGAUCUUUGGUUAAAGUAUGUGCGCCAUCAUCUAUUGAAUUUCAGAUAUUAGUGUGCUGUCUUUCAAAUAUUUGAUUAGACACAAUUUCUUUUCCUACUUAUAUUACCAUGAAUUUGAUGCA